UGUGUCAUAUAAUGUCCUUAUGCAUGUCAUGUCAUAACAUUGCGCACCUAUGCCGGCUUGCAUCGGAAUCACUCAAGCGCGGACCGCCUCGGUGCGUUCCAUCCGCCGCUGACAUUUACCGGCUUUUAAACCCUGCUAUUACCAACCAGUGUGCCAACGCCAAUGAGUGACUGUCCUCCGGAUUCUAAUGGCACCAUCCAGGCUAUUUUAGGGUGACAGUUUAAAUAAUGCAAUCGCAGAACAAUUUAGUCUUCCCCUAUAAUUUAGUCUAGAGACAAGGAGGGUGGCAAUGGAUUCCUGUGCCACCCUUCGUGUAUGCAAUCAUUUUCUUUUAAUUAUUCAUGCUUAUUAGAUAUGUUUUCUGAUUACUGUGGUGCUGGUGAACUUUGGGGUACUGUUAUAAUCAACUUCCUUACAUUAGUGCCAAAUAUGGUGUAUGACAGAGCAGUGUUAAAACAUCAGUCUGCGGUUUCAUAUGUUAACAGGUUGUGUGCUAUGUGUAGUCACUGAGAUAGAAGUAGACAUGGAGUAGGCCUACUUCCCAACCUCUGUGUUGGCUCUCAGGUCAGAGAGGUCUUUUAAAGGACUUCUGUUUCAUUUUUAAUGGAUGUUGUGUCUCUUGGGUGGAGCCACUCAGGGCAUGAUUCAGUUCUACCAGUUUCUCUGAGGUGCCAUUUUACCUAGCCUGUGUAGCCUAGUGUGUGUUAUGGCAUCCUUUGGCCAAUGUUAAUGAGGAAAAGAGUAGGUUGGUGAACAGAGGGAGGAAGGGAGAUGUAGAGAGUAACACUUGGGGGGAAAAAAUGAGCAAAUAAUUUGGAGAAUGCAGUGAGAUAGAGAAAGGUGUGAAGGAGGGAGGAAGUGUGUGCCAGAGAGAAGGGGAAGGGGUGAGAGAGACCAGAUGGCAAAUUUGACCAUGGAAGCCCUUCAUUAGCAGCCCAAAAAAGCAAAGGGGCGUGUUUUUGGGCUUCAGCACAUGUGGGUCCAGUCAUGCGAGCAGAACCCUGUGUGUGUGUGAGAGAGAGAGAGAGAGUGUAGGCUAUGUGUGUGUUUUGGCAUACACUGAUGUUUAUGUGUAUAUCUGUGAUAAUGUUGACAGACUGCCACGUUCAUGCUAAUUAUACAGCAGCCAGUUGCAUUUGGCAAAUCUGCUUUGAGGGACAAAAACCUAUUUAGAUCUCAUUGAUACUGAAUAUGUUUAAUAUACCAUGGGGCUUUUUGUUAAUUUGUCUAAUGUAUGGGACUUUGGCAAUGUCAUUCUCAAUGGUUUUGUAUUUCGAAAUGAGGGCGAGCAGAGACUGUUGGCUUUACAUCUCUCUUUCACCCCCCCCUCUCUCUAUCUGUCUCCCUCUCUCUCUCUCUGUCUCUGUGAGUGUGUGUGUGUGUGUGUGUAUGUUGUGACUCCAUGUGUGGGAGGAGAAGUGACGCGAGACUCUGAAAAGCCCAGUUAGCACUCACAGAGAGAGGCUGAGAAUGUGGUGGUGUCAUGCUUAUGCCAGGCUAAUCGCUCCCUCUUUUUUUUUCCAAGAAUGAUGAAAAGAGGGUGCUCCCCCGCCGGCCGACGCGGCUCCUCUGAAAUGCCACAAGGCUCCCUCUUCAUCUCCGGAUUAGGCACCGGCCGAGUCGAGCCACACCGAGCCCGCGUGCUGAUCGAUGCUCUGGAGGGUGGCUCUCCCAUGUUGGAGGGCAAGGGGCGGUCGUGACUCCAUUUUGUCUGAGUACUCCCCGAGUCUUCACUGUGGAGCGCUAGCAGACUGGUGUCGUGGGCCUUGUGCUUGGGUGGUUUCUCUGAUACUCACCACAAGUGUUUCACAGACCUUUUCCACAUGUAGCAACUGAGGAAAAGACACACUUUGGUACUGCUGGGGAAAGAACAAUGUACUAUAGCAUCCAUGUUUGAAGCCAAGAAAUAAUUACCGGUACUUUGAUUGUAAAGUUCCAGGAGCUCGGUGAAGAUGGACGCCAUUAUCAGACUCCUGGUGCUCACUGGGCUGGUCCAUGCAGCUUACCUUGCGCCAUUACCAGCCAAAGAAGAGUCGGUCAUAUUUUUUGGGGAGGACUUCCACAUCCUCCUCCCCCCGGGUGCGCCUGACGUGGUGUUCCACCCGACGGUGGGGGCGGCACGUGGGGAGCUAGUCCUGAUGAAGGCCGGCGUGGUGCAGGGCCCGCGGGCCAAGCUCAACCACCAGCUCAGCCACUUCAUCCUGGAGAACGUGGGCGAGACCGAUGAGGGGCUCUACACCGUCACGUCCCAGGACCCAGACGACAACAGCACCAUGACUAAGUCCUUCACACUCACCGUGAGAGACUGCUCUAAUGAGCAUAGUGUGAAGUUCGGAGAGAACUUCGACAUCCAGCUCGCUGGUGUCACCGGCCCCAUCUCACUCGAGUUCCGGCCCAUCGACGUCGAAGCGAACCAGACAUCCCGCCCAGCUCUGAGUAUCAUAAACCAAGACGGCUACGAGAACCGCCUCGUGGUCUCUGAGAGCAAGGUGACUCUUAAGUCGGUCAGCAGUUCUGACGAGGGCUCCUACACCAUUGUGGACGGCAGUGGGAAAGUUCAGAAGAAGGUGUGCCUGAACGUUAAAGAGCUUCAGAACUUUUAUGUUGUACCUUACGGGGGCACUUUCAAGUUCAACUUGGUCCAGAACAGCUCCCUGGUGCGCCUGGUCUACAAGCCCAACUACGACCACAGGGCCCGGGUCAUCUUGGAGAAGGGCGAGUUGAUGAUUCCGGAGGAGCUGGACCUGCAGGACCGCUUCUUUGUGGACGGCAACCUGUGCGUGCUGGAAGGGGUCAAUAGCCGCGACGCUGGAGAGUUCCACGUAGUUGACCUGAGCGGCUCCCCCAUCGCCAAACACUACUUGGAAGUGGAAGCCUUUAAGCUUCGGCCGCUGUUAGUCACCAUCAUUGCCCUGGUAUCCCUGGUGGUGUUGAUGUUGCUUGUGUGUCUGCUUGCCUGUCUCGUGAAGAUACGCAAGCGGGCAGAGAAGUCCCGGGCCAUUGAGAAGAUCGCCAAGAAUGCAGGGCAAGAUGAGGGUGAAGCCUUCCGACAGGUGGUCAAAGAUGCCUGCAAACAGGUUGACGAUACAACUGUUCAGUCCCUGAAGGAGGACAUCACGGAGAAGUCCCAGAGCACAGAGGUUAGCAUUAAGGGUUUGGAGGUGUCCUCAAAAGAGGUCACUGCCUUUGAUAAGAACCUUGAGACCAGCGACUCCGGGGUUGGCUUCAACACCACUGCCCUUCCUCUGGACAGCGACACAGAGGCCCCGACUGCCCCCCUCCACGACGACGUCCUGAGCACCUCAGUGGCAUCUGAAGCGAAGCCGGCCCCAACCUUAACACCGGAGCCCAAACCAGCUCCCCCACCGACACCUGAACCUAAAGCGUCUCCACCGCCCCAGCCCAAGCCAGCUCCUCCCCCAACACCGGAGCCCAAAGCCUCCCCACCCCCUGAGCCCAAACCAGCCUUAACACCAACCCCCGACCCCAAACCGGCUCUAACUCCCGAACCGAAGUCGCCAGCCCCUAAGUCUCCGGCACCUAAGUCUCCUGCUCCUGAGCCAAAGGCAGCUGCGCCUGAGGUGAAGCCGGCCUCUACUCCACCUCCGGAACCCAAGGCAGCCAUGACACCUCCUCCUGAGGCCAAACCGGCUGUUUCUCCAACCCCACCCAAGUCCCCAGCCCCUGAGCCCAAGCCGAGUCCCACCGCAGCCAAGGCUGCCGAUGAGAAACCAGCUGCUGCUCCACCUGCUGAUGCCAAACCUCCCGCGUCCCCGUCUCCCGACCACAAGCCAGCGACACCGGAGGCCAAGCCUCCUGCGAGCCCUGAGCCCAAGGCCACGCUCAAACCGGCCCCUGAGGCCAAGCCUGCCGUGAGCCCGGUCCUGGAGCCCAAAGCGCCCACCCCAGACCCUAAACCAGCGCUGAGCCCAACACCGGACCCCAAGCCAGCCGUGUCCCCGGCCGCAGAGCCCACCACCAACGGCACGCCUGAGCCAAAAGCAGACAGCGGAUCCGAAUCCCCCAAAACUGCCCCGCCCAAGAGCCCUGAGACGGGGAUGAGUCUGAAGGCUCCCCCUCCUGCAGAUGUCAGCUCCGGCGGAGCUGUGGAAGCGAUUACCAACGACAGCGCACCGCCUGCCACGGAGGAGGCCGCCACUACCUGAGCAGAAACCAGCCUCCACUCUCUCCCCCCGAGGAACGCUAUCUGGUCCUGAAUACCCAUUUAUGACUUUAGACAAUCCAAACACUCUACUAAACGACAACUCCAUCACAUGCUUCUGGGGAAGGGACUUUUGAACACAUGUAAACACUUUUGUGCUUAACCAACGUAGCUCAUAUGUCACCUAAUACUCACUCAAAGGGAAAAUAUUACUUCAUCUCCCAGUACUUAUGCAUCAAGUUACACGAAGACUGACACCAUACUGACCAUCUUUAUGUUUCAUUGACGUUGGUAGUAGAUGGCUACAACAGUUAUCUGCCAGCCCAUAUAAAUGUAAAAAACCCAUAACUUUGGGAAGAGCCUGUAUGCAUGCACAUAACUGAAAUUUUUGCGCCACUGCUCAUUGGAACUGGGGCACAGGACAUCACUGAUGUAAAGAAAUGCAGCACAGAGCUUCCCCUUCAUAUGUGGGACAGGAAUGAUUCAUUCAGCUCCUUCACUCAUUGACCCAUUAACUCAAGUUAAUGACACCGAUAAUGGUCUCAAUGGCUCACUGACCUUGAGAAUGGAAACAGAUUCAUCAUCUCCAUAAGGCCAGGACACCUGCCGCAACCACACCCAAGAACCACAAGUGGACUUCAGAAAACAGGGGCAACGCAUGGCUGUUCGAGUUUAUAGCAUCUGCAUGACCGGAAAACCCCUUAUCAGGACCACUCUGUGUCUUAUCAUCCUCUCUGGCUGGACUGCCAACAGACUGAACUAACAACUGGAACAUUCCAUGUGAAUCUGAGAUCCUGCUGGUCAUUCCGCAUGGAGACCACACCCUCUCAAGAUGCAUCUGAAGCACCCAAAGAUGAGAGAGCCUCAACCUUUCCUCUCAGCUUUGAGAUUUACUCCACAUGGCCUUUUGAGUUUCUGCUGUACAUCUCCUAGCUGUGUUCUAGUUCCUACCAGCAACCGUAUAGAUUGGAUCCUUUGUUUGCCAACCCCCCUGGCCCUUGCCCUCAUAUAUUGCAUGCAUAGAAAUCCACAGUACUCUAAGAGUGAAGACCAGCAGUUUCCUAGAGAAUUCAAAGAAAAGCCUUCUUUCUUAUUGCCAAUCCCCAAAAUGCGGUGAGUAAAGAAAUGUAUUAGUAUAUUAAAGGGCCCAGGUCAAGACUAAAAGAUAGCAUUGUAUGUUACAUCCAAGGAAUAGUAUUCUCUCAUACUCACAGUCAUGUUUGAUCAGAUUCAGAUCAAAAAGAUUGUUAAAGAAUGUUUUAUCAUUAAUGACUGAAAUCAAUGCCUGCUAUAUUUGCAUAGUCAUUUGGAAUCCCUGGCACCUAGUCUAUUGUAUGUUGUUGCCUAUAGCCUGAAAGGAAUUCUAUAAAGAGUUUACACAUGGUGUUAAUGUUACAGUAACAGUAUUCUAAAUGUAAUUAAUUGUUCUUGAAUCUUCUUGAUGUAAAGUUCCGUGUGAAAAUCCACUGCUAUGGAUGGUUCAGCUGAAUGAAAUGUGAAUCUCUCAUGACUUGUUCUGGUUACUGAUUGCUGAGGAAUUCACCUGGAACCAGUCAUGAUGGUAGACCGGAUCCUGGUGAUGUGGCUGACCUCCUUCUAAGAAGCAUUGAGGCUCUAGAGGAAGCCUACAGGAGUGAAGCCUCUAAUGCACGUUCCAAACAGAGAUCAAUUGAGUCCAGCUAAUUAUCUGUGCAGAGAACAAAAAGGCAUUUCAAAGGGGUUUGCAGAAAAGCACAAAAUUAAAGAUGCUGUCAAUCAAUUACGAUCAUCAGAGAGCCCCAAAAACAAGACUGCAGCUCUAUUCUGUGAAUUUGUGAACUGCCUACUUUUUACCUUUUUACUCACACUUGCCAGUUUUAAUAUGAAUAUCCAAAAUUCAAAUCAAUUGAAACCCAAAGCCAUAAAGCAUCUCUAAACAACAUACAUUAUAAUGUAGAUAAAAUGUUUAAAAGACACAGUGUUUAUACCUGCCUAUUGCAGGUUUUUCAUCAUCACUGGAAUGUACAUGAGAUGUAAUGUAGACAGAUUAUGUAAGGAAAUAUCACAUUUACGAAAGGUAGUGUAGGCAUAGGCAAAUCUGAGAAAAAUAUCUUAUUAUUAUACGAGAGAGAGAGCUAGAGAGAAAGAGAGAGCUAGAGAGAGAGAUAUAGCGAGAGAGAGAGCUAGAGAGAGAACCAGUCAGCCCAUGGUGUCUGUGCCCUGGGACAUAGUUAGUGAAUAGAGAAAAAUCAGUGUUAUUGUUUCCCAUUAAGCAAUACAAAAUGCAGUGAUUGUAUAGACCCAAACAAACACACACACACAUAUAAAAAAAACACUGGCGCAUUCCUCUCUAUUGUAUAUAUUGCAUGUGUAUAGCUAAUGUGGUUCCAUCACUCAAAAGAUGAUUGUGUUUGCUGUAUGAAAUGGUCGUAGUCUUUUACAAUUUGACAGAAGUCCCCCAAAGCCGACGCGACCCUCUUAUUUCAAUCGUAUGCUUAAUGAUGUAGAAACCGGUGGAAGUGACAGUAAUGUACACAUUCAUAUUCCCUUCACUAACCAGCAACAACAGCAACUGUGUGAUGUCCAAAACAACAGCCCAAUUACUAGUUGGUUGUUUAUUUGUCGGUAGAUAGAUGCUAGUAUUUCUUUGUGUAAUUGUCACCACAAUUGCCGAUUGUACACUCACCUAUUGAAAGUCCUCAUUGGGUCCUACAGUAGUUCCAUUCUAUGGUCACCACAGAGAUGCAUCCAAAAAGACAGUUUAGUACACCGCAUGAGCACAACCAGGCCAUCCUAACAACAGUUGUGCUGUCACAGUCUCCAUGUUUGUGCCCUUGCGUAAAACCAUGUGCUGUCAGGUUGGUGUGUGUACCUGGGACAAAACCUGUUCACCAUAUGGCUUAUGUGUACUGUAUGUCUGUGUGUGCAUUAUCAGUAUGUGCCUGUUGGUUGGCUGUGCGUGCAUUCACUGUAUGCUUGUAUUUGUUUGUGUAGGAAAAUGUGUGUGUAUGUACAGUACGUAUGUACCAGUGUGUGUUUACAGUGCAAAUCUGCCGUGGAAAUGUAGGCGAUGUGUGUUUACUACCGGUAAUCAGCUUUUCAUUACAACUCAUCCUCUUGGAGGUAGUGUGUUCCCCUGUCCUUGAGAACCAUCCAAAAUGACCCCCAGCAAGACCAUCUAACUUUGUUUUCUUGAAAGGAGACUGGGAACUUUUCCAUCAAGAUUAACAUACUGUGUGUUGGCGGUUAACUGUUAUGAGUCUGGUUUACAUCAUGAACGACCCAAAAAGUGUGACUUCUAAAGCAAUCGCUGCCGUUUCUAAACACUCCCAAGGUGCUCUGGAGGAUAUUCGUUAGCACUACUUUGCCUAUAAGAAUACAUUCUGCAGGCUUCCUCUGUAAAAGCUAUUUUCAGCGUAGUUUGUGUAGAGCGUAAAUGCCAUUGAAAUGUUUGAGAGCUAUAGGCUGAAAUUGUUGCUUGCUUCUGUGUGUGGCAAUGUGAAGUGAAAUAGCUUUUGACCCAUGAACGUUCAGUUAUCACAUGGCUGUUAUGAGUGGCUCAGUGCUGUAAUUGUAAGUGGUUAGUGUAUGUCUGGGGGGAGCCCGUGCGUGUUUGAAAAUGAACUGAGAGUUGUGUCGGUCAUAAUCACUCUAUAUGUUCAAGGGUUUAAGCCAAGGCUGCCCCUACUCAGUGAUGGGUGCUCCUGUGAGUGCAAUGAGCCAUUUUGUAAGUCACUCAGUGAUGUGAUUGAGACCCCUGUUCACCCAUGUGCUAGGAUGAUAUGGGAUAAAAUUGUGAGAAUUUGAGAAGAAACCAUUUUUAGUAGAAGAUGCUAAAGGACCACUUGCUGAGCCCCAUCCUGAGUGCUGGCAGUCUUGUUGUUUUAAGCUCUGGGACCCCUGAUUGGCUUCACGCUGGGCUUGGUUUGAUUUUUAUCCCACACCUGCAUAAGUAAGGUUGUCUCUGGCAUUUGUUUUGCACUUCUCUGUAUGAGCAGAUCUCUGGAUCUCAGAGCCCGGCCCCCGUCUCCCCACCUUCCGCUGCCGUCUCAACUUCUGUGACGUUUUACAGUUUGCUGAUCUCUGUAUUCUCCUUUUUGCACAACGCAACAAACACUUAGACGUUUUAUAAAGAAAAGAUUGUUUUCUUUAUGUCAUGUCUAAAAAAAUAAUAAUAAAAGUGCGCAACUGAAUUUUGAAAACAA